GCGCGCACACGAUUUUUUUAAUGGGUGGCGGAAAAAAAAUGCACUAAUGUGCUUCGUAAUCUUUUGCUGGGCAAGGAUCGCGCAGGGGGAAGCGCGUGCCCUCUUCGCUGCCAGCCCAGCCUCCCUCUCUCUCUCUCUCCUUCCUCCUCCUCCCCUCCCUCCCUCGCUCGCGCCCCUUUCCUCGCACCGGACUGGAAACCUCACAUUGCGUAAGAGUCCCGGGCCGGCCACGCCCAUCGGGGGGGAAUUUCGCGGUUGUGAGAUCACUCCCUCCGCCGCCGCCCGCGAGAUGCUAUAUAAUUCCCACCCCCCGCCAAGUUGCAAUCGGCAGACGGAGACGGAGAGUUUAGGAUCGGUGGCCUCCGCAGCGAUCGUGGCGGACUGAGGAUGCUGGACGUAGACUACGCGCAGUUCGAGGGGUCCCAGUAUGGCUAUAUUUUUCCCAGCGGCUGCAUCUAUGACCUGGACUCUUGCAAACAAGAACCCAUGUUUGCUUCCUGCCUUGCAGACCCCGAGAGCUCCCCAGAGUCUUGCAUGAACUGGCUGGAGAUGCAGGAGCCUGGCUAUGAAGGCUAUGAGGUGGGGCAGCUGGCCCAGCUGCAGAAUGUCCAAGUCUCCUACCUGCAUAGUUCUUACCCGCAGCUCUCCAUGGAUUCUGUCUACAGCCAGGAGGGAGUGGUACCCACACAGAACAUGUGCCUCGCACCCAAGGAAGACUACAACACCCAGAUUUACCUCCCCUACGAGCAGUACCCUCUUCCCAGGGAAGUGCCUAGCCCCUCGUCGGAAGAAGAGGAAUUCCACGGGGAGAGUCGGAACCUGGAGGUGUCCUCCGACAGCGACUUGGAUGAGAAUCUCUCACCUGGUUUUGAUUCAGGCUCCCGACGGAAGUUGCGCCUCUACCAGUUCCUGCUGGAGCUCCUUGAGCGUGGCGACAUGAAGGAAUGCGUGUGGUGGGUGCACCGCGACGCAGGGAUCUUCCAGUUCUCCUCGAAGCACAAGGAGCUCCUGGCGCAUCGCUGGGGACAGCAGAAGGGCAACCGCAAGAAGAUGACCUACCAGAAAAUGGCUCGGGCGCUACGCAACUACAGCAAGACGGGCGAAAUUCGCAAGGUCAAGAAGAAGCUCACCUACCAGUUUGGGACCACUCUGCUGGCGCAGUCGGCCACCUCCUAAACUCCACCCACCCACCCGCUGCAAGAAUACGGGGCUGGGGCCAUUAAUAAUGACUGGACCUCCAUUCUCUGCCUUCUCCAGACCACCCGCUUUCUGGUGCCUUCAACCAAACUGCGUGAAAGAAUCUAGGCUGGGUGGGAAGAGAUGGGAAGACCCAAAUCAGGGUGGGGUGGGCUCCAGUAGGUUGCAGUCAGGGAGGCCAGGUGUGAAGGCACCGAGAUCUUCCACCAGAGGGGUGGGGGAUAUGCACUUUAGCAGAAAUCGGGCUGCUUGGACUGUCAUGGUAGGGUGAGCGCAAAGUAUGAUACAGCAGAGGUGGAGCGAAGCAUUCUGGGAGGCUAUUUGCUUUGCCUGGGUUGAUUGGGAGGGAGGGCUCUUUCAGCAGGGCCUGGUCCAUAUUUUUCCUUGGUGAAGUACGGAAAAAAGGGGGUGUGGGGAGGUUAAUCACAGUACGGGGGGAGCAAAGGGGUCCAUGUGGUUGCCUUCUGAUGAGGUGGUGGGGGACUUCGCUGUGAAAUAGGAACGAGGUGGGUGGUGGUACUCUGUGUGGGUUGGUGGAUUUGCUCUGCUGGGCUGGGGCCAAAGUUGGUCAGAGGGGUGUCACUGAAGUCACUCUCUGCCCCCCCCUCCACCCUGGCUAGCAGUUCAAAACUGGUAGUUUUAAAACAGAAGGAGCUUUUGUGAGUAUUUAUGCAAGGUGUUGGGAUUUCUAGAAGCAGCAUAUUGCUUUGCUUAGGUGGGGCGGAGAAACCAAAAAUUCUUGUCCAGGAGUUCUGUCUGUGUGUAUAUGUAUAUAUAUAUGUAGGCAAGAUGUUUAUUUAAUGCCAUAGGUUUGGGGGUUUGGUUGGGUUUCAGUCUCCUAAAGGGUUUGUUUGUUUUUGUACAAAAUCUGAUUAUUAUUUUUUAAAUGGAUCUCUUCUGUAUAAAUUGUAAAAUUUGCAAAUAAAUUUUUAAGGAGUUUGGCUAA